AUGUGCUUGGACAACGCUUGUGGUGUGCACAACUCACUCAGCCCUGCUGCUUCAGCAGUGCUUAAGAAAGCCCUGUGGGGGCUGAUGCUUCUCUUGUCUGUUAUCAUCUAUGGCGCUCAUGCCCCACUCUUGACUCUCUGUAAGGACCACGGGAAGAUCCCAUUCAGUGCCUCCUCUGUGGUGGUUUUGAUUGAGCUGACAAAGCUGCUGCUCUCUUUGGUUUUUCUGCUGGUCUGGGAUUGGAGGCAGCUAAGACUGUCCGUGUCAUGGCUACACGCGGCUCCCUUUGCUCUCUCGGCACUGCUGUAUGCCGCCAACAACAACUUGGUGGUCCACAUGCAGCUGUUCAUGGAUCCUAGCACCUUCCAAGUGUUGAGCAACUUGAAGAUUGGCAGCACCGCCCUUCUCUACAGCAUGUUCCUACACCAAAGACUCACUCCCCGCAAGUGGGUGGCCCUCUUCCUGCUAACCACCGCUGGGGUGUUCUAUACACGUGGAGGCCUUCGGGACUUUCAGCACUCUCCAGCCUCGGACAUGGAGCUGCAUAUCACGCCUGUUGGCCUGCUGCUGAUCUCUGUGUACUGCUUGGUCUCGGGCCUUUCUGCCGUCUACACUGAAGCGGUCUUAAAGGCCCAGGAUCUGCCUCUCAACCUCCAAAAUCUUUUUCUUUACUUUUUUGGCGUCUUGCUGAAUGUGGCCAUCCAUCUGUUCAGUACUUCCUCCACUGGGUUCCUGGAGGGUUUCUCAGUGUGGGUGCUGCUAAUCAUUGUCAGCCAAGCCCUGAAUGGUUUGAUUAUGUCUGUGGUCAUGAAGCACAGCAAUAACAUCACAAGACUGUUUGUGAUCUCCUCCUCUGUGAUGGUGAACGCCCUUCUCUCUGUCCUGCUGUUCCGCUUGCACCUCACUGCCUUUUUCUUCCUUUCUGUGCUUCUCAUUGGCCUGGCUGUUCACUUGUAUUAUGGAGUCAAAUAGCUGAAGCAAAGCCACUGAUGCGGGGGGGCUGACUUUUUGCUAUCUCAUGCAGAAGCAUCAGUAGCAUUGGCUUUCCUUCUUCGCAUCAUUUCCUCACUGUCUUCUGACUGGCUUAAAGGGAUCUCUGUCAUAACCCUUCUCUCUGAGAGCCAGUUUGGUGUAGAGGUUAAGAGUGACAGGACUCUAAUCUGGAGAGCCGGGUUUGAUUCCCCACUCCUCUGCUUGAAGUCAGCUGGAUGCCCUUGGGUCAGUCACAGCUGUCUCAAAACUCUCUCAGCCCCACUCACCUCAUAGGGGUAAUAACAACACACUUUAAAUUGCUCUGAGUGGGUGUUUGUUGUCCUGAAGGGCGGUAUAUAAAUCAAAUGUUGGUAUUCGUUGUUAUUAUGAACUUGGAGAGAAUGUUGCUUUAGCUUCAGCCGUGGCUUACACCAAACUCUGCUCUGGUGUGAGGAAGCAGCAGAUUAUAUGGGAGCCCAAUUUACUUGUGCCAUGAUGAAGAGUGGCCUGAUUCUGGGGUGAUGGGAGGGGAGGGCUGCCUGGGGCAUUCACUUGGCGUUCUGGAUGUAGCUGGUGCCACCCCACAGGUAGCCAGGGGGAUGCAUCUUCCUUGUCUCAAUAUUUUUCAGAAUCUGGCUGUGAAGCGUUUCUGGAGGCUGGAUAAGGGGAACUGUCCCUAAAGUGCUUCUCUUUACAUCUUUGUAUGUAGCGUGAGGGCUAAGUGAUCUGUUUUUAGACAAUACCAGUAGGGCCACAUGGAUGAAGUUAGCCCCGUCUGUGUGGAGGGUGUCUGGCUUCAACAGAUCUCUUCCUCCAGAAGUCCUAACUUAGCCCAAUUGGGUAUCAAAGUGCCUUUUGGAAAUCACAUUUGUUUAUUGUUGUGGUCUGUUCCUGAAAGAACCCGUUGCUGGCACACAGUGCAUGGGAAGCUGUGAUGGUCUCAGAUUUCUGUAAUAAAGUAUCUGAAAGCUAGCAGUUCCUUGUGGCUUUUCCUCCUUCCUUUGCCUGAAAUAUUUGCCUAUGCGAUUUGCUUUGGGGGGGGGGCUGACUUUGUAACCUGCCCUUGAUAUGCAGCCCAUAUUCCCCCCCCCAUGCUAAUUAUACAUGAAUACGUUUACAGGUGAGGCUCUGAAAAGGUCCCUUCUUUAGAAUCAAGUUCUUGGGAGGGCUCUGAGGUGCUUCUGCUGUCCCAGGAAACAAAGAUCCAUGUCAGAUAUUCCUGCUUCUUUCCCUGUUCAGUCAGUUCUGAUAUCAGUAGUAUUUUUUUCCAUUUGUCCAGCAGGGCUCUUCCCUGCCCCAUUCCCUGUUCCCUUAGUGAAUGCUGCAGUUUCCCCUACUCCUGCUGCUGCCAGCCCAAGUAUUCAGAAGCCUUCUGCUUGUUUGAUUGUUACGGGGAUUUCCAGCUGUGCCAAGUUAACCAACUUCAUCUGCACCCUCUGUGCCAAUAUCCAGGGUGGGCAGCUUUGGACUUCAGGCUGGGACUGUGCUGGUUCCUUGCUUGCCGUUGUCUCACGUGGAGAGUGGGGUGGCCAGUGGGGGCUGACCCAUGUCUGCUAGCCCAGUGUUGACAGAUCAGUGUGUAUAUGCUCCGGUUCAACCAGUAUCAGUUUCGUAUACCAAACAAUGCUUAAUCUGGACAUGAAAGAUUAAACUUAAUUUCCAGUUG